AUGGCUCACGGUGAGGUCAGGCCACUCGAUACGCUCGAUGAACUGCUGGCGUUCAGGAACAUCCACCCAUGCGUCGUCGAAAAGAUCCGUGAAGUGAAGCGAGGUGAUGGGCAGGCUCCGAGGACCAUGUUUUGUCACGACAUGAUGGGCGGCUACCACGAGGACCGGUUUAUCAACGGAAGCGACAAGCCCUACGGCUACCGGUUCCACCACUGGCAGCUAAUCGACAGCUUCGUCUAUUAUGCCCACCACCUUGUUACGAUCCCCCCUCCAGGAUGGAUCUCGGCUGGCCACAUACAUGGCGUCAAGGUCUUAGGAACUUUCAGCCUAGAGUCACUGGCGGGCAUCCAGUUUAUCAACAAAGUCAGGGGCUCCAGACUGGAGAAGGAGGUGGCAUCUCAGCUGGCUCGCAUCGCCGCCUUGCACACGUUCGACGGAUGGCUCGUCAGCAUUGCCUGUAGGCUGGACAGGUCAUGCAUACCGUUCGUAAAGGACUUCCUCCGCCUGUUGACCGAAGAGAUGCACAGCGCCGUUCCUGGUUCCAUGGUCAUCUGGUACGACGCCGUCGUUCGAACCGGCAAGUGCGCCAGGCAAAACGAGCUCAACUGCAAGAACGUCCCCUUCUUCGAUCUGUGCGACGGGAUCUUCAUCCACUUCAAGUGGACCGAAGACAUGCUCGAGGAUUCGGCGAGGUACGCGGGCGACCGCAAGAACGACGUCUACGUCGGCAUCGACGUGUUCGGACGAAAGACGGAGUACGCCGGAGGCUUCGAAACGUGGAAGGCCGUCGCCCAGGCUCGCAAGUAUGGUUUGUCGGCUGGCAUCUUCGCUGCAGGUUGGGUGUACGAAACCCAAGACAAGAGCAAGCUCAUGGAAAACCAAUGUCGGUUCUGGAACUUUCCUGAAAAGCUCUGCAACGAGUGGCGCAUUGUUACCCUGCCGCUGAAGACCGGAUUCUGUCAGGGAUUCGGCAGGAAUCUGUACAAGGAUGGCAAGGUUGCGUCUCACGUGCCGUGGUACAACCUGGCUAAGCAGCAGCUGCAGCCUCGCGACCAAGGCACGGCACUCUGUGGAGGAUGCUGCUCAGCCAUCGUCGACACGACCACAGCCUACAACGGAGGCGGCUGCUUGCGUCUGCAGUUCGAGCCCAAGAAGUUCCACGUGGAGCCUUACUUCAGGCUCUUCGGCUGCGACCUGCGUCUGGGCGUUCUCUGUGUCAGGUACGCGAUGCAGCAGUACGGUGCCGAGCGCAUUGACUGUGACGUCGCGAUUGUGCUGACGGUGCGUUGUGAGGAGGGCGAGAAAGAGAAAAUCCGACUCGGUCUCAACGUCACCGUGCCAGACGAGCAACGAUAUGCAGUGGUGCGAGACCACGCGUACAAUCUCGGACAGGACGCGCCUGGUAAUGGCUGGGUCACCAGGAAGUACACGGUACGGGACCUCAGCGGUGAUGCGAAGCUGCAAGAGAUCGGCGCCACCCUGGAGUCCACUGCUGCCAACUGUUGCCUACUGGGUGAAAUCGUGGUGGAGAGGCAGACCGACGUCACAGACAACGUCUCGGAAGAUAGUGACGAAGGCCCCGAUGUAGCGAGCGAUGACGGUGAUUGGGAACCGAGCGCGAAGAGGGUGCGCUCGUGA